AUGGUGCGCGGCCGGUGUGUCUGUGCCCUGUUGAGACCAGUAAACAGGAUGAGCGGUGAAGUUGGUGGUGCGAUGCCACCCUGGCCGUGGUGGUGGCACCAAAACGUGCGGGAAAGACACCUGAAGAUAGAUUUAAAAAUAUUAGAGGCACGGAUAAAGAACAAAGCUGUGACCCGCACAGGAAACCUGACCGAUCACCAGCAACUGUACUGGAGAUCUGUGACUGGUGGGGAGGGAGAUGAAAAUGAUGUGAAGUGCUCAAAGCCAGCGCAGACAACAAGAAAGGAAAGAAUCAUAUCAGUGAAAUGGUGGUUUGCCAGUGAUAUAGUUUGCCUUCUUUUCCUGUGCCAGCUGUCGGACAUAACCAGAGCACCCCUUCCUCUACCCUCGCUGCAGCCCCUGCGGCUCCACACACUCCAGAGUUGGAGGUGCAGGAUGCAGAGGCCUUGGAGUUAUGCUGAUCCUUUGCAGGAGGAGGAUGGUGUGGAGAGGUUCAAAUAGCAGAGACAAGGCAUCCCAUUUGGAGCUGCCACAUCCUAUGUACAUCUAGAGAAGCUGUGUGAAGGAUCCUGUGCAACUGUGUACAAGGGAAUCAGCAGGAUCAAUGGCCAGUUGGUGGCAUUGAAAGUGAUCAGGCUGGAGGCAGAGGAGGGAGUGCCCUUUACAGCCAUUCGGGAAGCUUCUCUUCUCAAGCAUUUGAAACAUGCCAACAUUGUACUGCUUCAUGACAUUAUCCAGACCAAAGAGACACUAACAUUUGUCUUUGAGUACAUGCACACAGAUCUAGCUCAGUACCUGGAUCAGCAUCCUGGAGGACUUCAUUCGUGCAAUGUUAUGCUGUUCAUGUUCCAGCUUUUGCGUGGCCUGGCUUACAUCCACCAACAACACAUUCUUCACCGUGAUCUGAAACCCCAGAACUUGCUCAUCAGUUGCCUUGGUGAGCUCAAAUUAGCUGACUUUGGCCUUGCUCGUGCCAAGUCCAUCCCCAGACAGACAUACUCCUCUGAAGUGGUGACACUCUGGUACCGUCCUCCUGAUGCAUUGCUUGGAGCUACAGAUUAUUCUUCUGAUCUAGAUAUCUGGAGUGCAGGCUGUAUAUUUGUUGAAAUGAUCCAGGGCCAGCCAAUAUUUGCAGGAGCUUCUGGUACUCAUGAACAGCUGGCGAAGAUCUGGGCGGUAUUGGGAGUCCCAACUGAGGACACCUGGCCAGGACUUUCCAAGCUCCCCAGCUAUAACCCAGAACUGGUUGCUUCCAGGAGACCUCAGAGACUCCGAGUCAUCUGUGACAGGCUGAGCAGGGUGCCAGCAGCAGAGGAUUUGGCCUCCAGGAUGCUUACAGCCUUCCCUCGAGGCCGGAUCUCUGCUCAAGAUGCACUUCUUCAUGGCUUCUUCAGCCCUCUGCCUCCUCAGCUCUAUCAGGCUUCUGCUGGACAAUCAGUGCUCACAGUUCCAGGAGUGAGACUGCAACCUGAAAUCUGUGACUUGUUUGCUUCUUACCGAAAAGGCCGUCUCUCAGGAUGUUUGAGCAAGUUUUGGUAG